AGCCGCGCUAAGGCCGCAGUUGCUGGCAGUGCGCGCGGCAAGGUUGGUGGCUCGGAGCUCCCCAGUUCCCCUGAACACUCGUCUUCUCUUUCUUUCGUGGAUAACUUGCUGCUUUCCGACCGAACCAUGACUCUGGAGGAAGUCCGCGGCCAGGAGACGAUCCCGGAAAGCACGGCCAGGAUGCAGAGCGCUGGGAAAGCGCUGCACGAGCUGCUGCUGUCCGCACAGCGCCAGGGCUGCCUCACCGCCGGCGUCUACGAGUCGGCCAAGGUCCUGAACGUGGACCCCGACAACGUGACCUUUUGCGUGCUGGCCGCCGACGAGGAGGACGAGGGGGACAUCGCCCUGCAGAUCCACUUCACGCUCAUCCAGGCUUUCUGCUGCGAGAACGACAUCGACAUCGUGCGUGUUGGCGACGUGCAGCGGCUGGCGGCGAUCGUGGGCGCCGGCGACGAGGCGGGCGCGCCGGGCGACCUGCACUGCAUCCUCAUCUCGAACCCCAAUGAGGACGCGUGGAAAGAUCCCGCCCUAGAGAAACUCAGCCUGUUCUGCGAGGAGAGCCGCAGCGUCAACGACUGGGUGCCCAGUAUCCCCCUCCCCGAGUGACGGCCCUGUCGCGGAGACCUUUGUCUGAUCAAUGUGGCGUGAUGCACCGGGCGCCUAGCGCGUGGCUGGGUCUGGGGAUUCAGCCCUCAGAGGGAGCCGGAAUGAGUCGAUGGACUGGCGGGCAGGCGGUGGCGCUUGGAGAGGGUGAGCAGGAGCGGGCCGUACCUUGGAGAGAGUGAGCAGGAGCGGCGGCGAGCGGCAGGCUGGCCCGCCCGGAGCCCUGAGGAACUUGGCAAGUGUCAGGAGCUCCUGCUCCCCCGGAAGGCCGAGGCCGGGACGUCGGCGGCAGGCGGCGGGGAAGGAGGACUGGCUGGGCAGGCGUGACUCAGCAGCCUGCGCUCUCAGGAGCUAGGGGAAAGGCGAGGCGGUUGUGGACUCCUUACGGUUACAGGAUCUGUGCCGAACUCAGCAGCCUUUCCCUGCGUUUUCAAAACGGAUCCAGGAGAUGAUCCGAGUUUUAAAGGACACAGCUGUGGAAACUUUGAAUUUGCAAUAAACUUACUGAAACAAACUUACUCUCUUUAUUGAGGGCUGGGGAGUCUGGAAACCCUCGUGGCGCAGUGGUUAAGCGCUACAGUUGCUAACCAAGAGGUUGGCACUUCAAAUCCGCCAGGCGCUCCUUGGAAACUCUAUGGGGGCAGUUCUACUCUGUCCUCUAGGCUCGCUAUGAGUCCGAGUCGACUCAACGGCAGUGGGUUUUUUUGGAGGGAGUCUGCUGCGGGGGCGGCUGGCCACCCGGGUUUCAGAUGAUCCGUGAAGCUUGGAACCGAUGCCACCUGGUUCUGUUUUCCUCUUGGGCACAUUACAUGCUCCGGGGUGCUGGAUGUGGAGCAGGGAUGCUGGUGAAGAGUUAGGGUACAGCUCGAAACCCUGUU